AUGAACUUUAAUAAUCAGACAAAUGAAGGAUGUCCCAGCCCAUUAUUGCCUAGCAAUGGAAAAGAACUUGAUACCUGCUUUAAUGAUUGUUGUCUUCCUUGUCCUUUUCCAGACAAUUUCUAUCGUACAGGGACGCUAGACCGUGCCUAUAAAAUAUUCAGCUCAUUGGGGAUCGUUUCAUUCUUCCUCAUGCUCUUUUUGGCGGUGAACUUUAUGAUGCUACCCAGUGCAAAACGAAAUCCAACAACAAAGCAAAUAUUAUUACCAUUCGCCUUGAGCGUCUGCAUUUUUACUUUUGAAGGCUUUUUCACUGUGCAGCAACAAGAGAGUCAAUGUCACUCGGAAAUUGAACAAGCUACAAUACAUAAUAAUGGUUAUUGUGCAACCCAAGCAUUUUUUGAGCUAAGUGGUGCUUACGCAAUCGCCUGUUGGUCUUCGCUUCUAAUUGUUCAUCUUCAUCUGCUAUCUGUAUGGCGUUGCGAAGUGAUUACACGAAAUAUCAAGUUCUUUCACGUGAUUAUUUGGACAAUUGUGAUUCUAUCUGGAGUCAUCCCAAUGAGUUUAGAUACAAUUGCAUCGGGAAAUAUUUGUUUUCUGGAUCGAUCAGCAAAUAGCGCUUUUUACUAUCCAUUAAGUUUCAUCUAUGUUGUAUUUAUAUUACACUUGGCCACUUGUAUUUAUAUGGCAAAUAUAACGAUUCGUGCGAAUUGGAGAUCGGAUCCUCACGUGGACGUGGUUUCAAGCGUCAGAUUAUCGUUAACCGAAGCACAAAGAACCAUCUUGCAUGUGAAAACGAUUCUCAGGAUGCAAUGGCGUGCUAUAAUAGGCGGAUUACUCAUGAUCGCUCUUUAUCUAUUUGAUAUGAUCUACUUUGUUCAUUUGUAUCCCACUAAAAUAGACACGUCAUCAGACUGGUAUCUUUCUUGGCGAGAUUGUAUCUACGAGAAUCAUUCGCAAGACGAGUGUGUCAGCAAAGUUUCAGGAUUUCUUCCGAGUUAUUCCAUAAAAAUAUUCAUGCUUUUUAUUAAUCGUUGUGCGGGCAUAGUGAUCUUUAUUAUAUUCGCGGCAAAGAAAGGGUUCCUGACCGAACUUUAUCAAGUGAUCACAGGACAAUAUUCAUCGAACGCGGGAUCGAGAAGAUAUAAUCCAUCAUUUGCUUCUUUUGGUGAUUACAAUAUCAGACCUCGAUCAGUUACUCCCAAUGAAAAGCGUAACACCAAUUCGCAGUUAGCAACACCUGAACUCGCACUAACGUCAUCAUCUUUGUCCAGUAGUAAAAACUCCAAUACUCUUCCACUAUUGCAAAUAACAUUACCACCAUUGCAAUUUGAUGAAAUAUCCAAUAUUCUUGGGCCUCCGCCACGUUCUUCUACUCGAUCAAGCUCUCCCACCCCCACUGAUAGGUCAUUCACGCAAACGUCAUCUAUAUCAGCUCCAUUUUCACCGAAAUCCCCAAAUAGGAUGUCAUUUCCUAUUGAAACUCUAUCGGGUUCAACUAGAUCUUCGAUUUCCUCAGAUCAUACUUCAUUAUCUAAUGAUCAAUUCUCGCCAGUGUUACUCACCCCUUUCAAAAUGCAUAAUUUGCACGCUCCAUCUAUGGCAAGAGCCUCUUUUGGAAUUGCUGAUUCUCCACCGAGCGGCGUUAAGCGUGUAUCUUUUGCUAGUUCACAAAAUACCAUUGAAUCAAAUGAUGAUGUCCACGCAUCAGAUGAAAGUAAAAAAAGACAUUUUAUUGAUAUUACAGAGAUGAUUCAAUCAGACGUACCAACGUCAUUUAAAACUAUUAAUGAAGAACAAGGGGAGACCGAAAAAGAUCGAGGUGAAAGAACAUUGACAUUCGGACUUGAAGAAGAAAAAAAAUGGGACGAAUGCUUACAGCGUAUGUUAGAUGAAGCAGCUGAAAAAGCAGCUGAAAAAACUGUCACCAUUCAUAUACCAGAUGAUUAUUAA